CGGAAAAUAAAGCAUAAAAAGAGUUGUGACUCCUCUUCUUUUUUAAUGCAUAAUAAUUCUCAAGUGAACAAUAGCUUUCAUAUUUGAGAAACUGUGGUUGUUUACAGCAACAGGAGAUAUACACACUAUGUAUUUUAUUACCUUAUAGUAGAUCAUGACGACGAAUAACUUGUACUACAUGCAUAAAACUACCUUAAAACUUGAUAUUUUGAUGAAGAAAUCAUUUCUAAAAAGGAUUAUAUAUAUAGCCAUUGUUCCAAUCUUCAAUUUUUAUUUAUAAAAGAAGAAGAAAAAAAAACAAUGUACAUAAAUUGGAAAGAGCAAGCUUCAUCAUCCAUCUUAUUAUCUUCUUCAUUAAAGUGGUAUCGAGUGGAAGAGCUGAUAAGCUAUCUACAUGAUUUGCGAUCUUCUAUACUUGAUGGUAAUAGUUAUACCAUUAAAAGAACGCAUAACUAUCCAUCUAUUUUACAUUGUAGUCGCCAUAAAAUACCUGCUUCGGAAACCAAACGUUUUCCUAUUAAGGCUUUUUAUUUCUGUGAAGGGUUAGGGGACUGGGACUGGCAAAAAAUGGAUUUAUUAAUUCUACUUUAUAACCUAUUGAUAUUUCCUAAUGAGCAAGAAGUAACAUUGGCAACAAUAACUCAUGAUUCGUUUAUAUUUCACAACCACCACUUGCUGGAUAAUACUGGAUCCAUUGAACUAACUAUUUUAAUGAUUAUAAAUCAAAUAUUACAGUCUAUUGAAGCUAAUUAUAGAAAAGAUGCUAUCACAUUAAACAAGUUUGAGGCUGAUUGUAAAUUAAUUUGGGUCAAUGAUCAAGACCAACUGAAAGAUCACAAUGUUAUGAAUUGCGAUAAUGUUAUAUGUUGUUGUUUCAAAAUUUGUAUUUUAUCUUCAACCUCUCUUUUACAUAGACUAAAUGGGAUAAAAUCAAGGUUUAUUACUAAGAUUUAAUAUCAUGUAUUUCUUCCUUCUAUAUCAGACAUUACAUGAAAAAAAAGGGGACAUUUUCGUAAAUGAAAUAAUAAAGAUGAAUGACAGAUGUAUAUUUGCUUUAUUUAAACAAUAAAUGAAAGAAGAGAAGAACUGUGAUAGCUUUUAGUUAUAUUGUAUCCAUGUUCUUGUUCUUACAAGACAAGACAGCGUUUUUUACAGGAAAAGUGUAGAUAUUUUUGUUAUUAUUCGACAUUUCUUAUGAUGUCCUUUUUGCUCUUUCUUCUUCUAAAGAGUCAAUUCAUGAAGACCUAUCAUAUUGAAUUACCAAUAGUAGGUCCUUUUUUUUUUUUUGACCAAUUUU